AUGCGAAAUCGUAAACAAAUAUACCGCAGAAAUUCGCAAAUGGCUAUCCGUCUUGAUGCCACACCAAUUGGACCACCCACGACGAUUUCAAUAAGUGCUGCAACAAGGAAAUGCAUUCUUUUACAAUCAAACGAACUUUGUUGGUGGCAUUUCGUACUAACACAGCGAGCGACACUGGCUGGCAGUUUUGGUGACUAUCGAAUGGUUGGAUGA